AUUUCUUGAAGCGCAUCUCCGGAAGUUUAGGAACCUAGGGAUCCAGGUCCUACUAGGAGGUUCUGACUGGUUUCCCAAGGUCGUCAAUAGUCCACUGCUGACUGCCGCAUACGAGAAUCAACAUGUUUAACUUCGGUAAACCCUCGUACGCGCAACUAGGCGUGGAGGGGGCCCGCAAACCGCAAGGGGAUUCAUGGGCGCGCGCGGAGGGCGACGUGGACGGCAAUGGCGGCGUGAGCCAGGGCAAGGCGCCGGAGUCGUUCGCGGGGACGAGCUCCAACAUGAGCGCCGAGAGCGGCCGCGUCCAGGUGCCCAUCGGCACGGUGUCCGAUUCGCACAAGAUGCCGGUGGCGCAGGCGCUGGCGCUGCUGGCGUUCACGGCCGCCAAUGUCGCGGCGCUCGUCGCCAUCUUCUGGCUCGCGCUCUCGCUCGAGGGCACGGAGCGCAUCCUCGUUAUAGCGCUGCUAGGCGGCGGGUGGCUGGCGCUGCUGCUGUUCAACGUGCGCAUGGCGGGGCGGCCUCGCCGCGUGAUCCAACGCUUCCUGCACGCCAAGAGCAAGACGCGCCUGGGCCGCCGCCUGGGGCGCGGGCAGACCGUGGUGGUGCGCGGCGCCGUGUCGCUGCUGCACGAGGAGCUGCUCUCCACGGAAUUCCAUAACGUGCCCGGCCUGGUGCUUGUGGAGAGCAGUCUGCGGUCGUACUACCCGGGGCUGCGCAAGGCGGACGCGUGGACGGAGCACGUGCGGCAGACGCGCGCCGUGGACUUCCGGAUCACGGACGGGCAGACGGGCAUGAGCGCCAUCGUCAAAGCCUUCCACGCCGCCGAGACCGGCGUCGCCACGCCGCUCGUCCACAUCUCCACCGAGGUGCCGCUCUCCACCGAGGACUCCCCCGCGCCGGGGGCGGGCGCAGGGGGCGGCGAGGCGGGCGCGGGGGCGGAGGAGGAGCGGAAGAAGCGGCGCAAGGCGCUGUCGCCGCAGCUGAUGGUGUGCAAGGGGUACAUCCGCGCGGGGCAGACGAUCACGGUGAUGGGCGUGCUGACGGAGGAGGCCGGCACGCACGAGCUGCUCAUCCAGCCCAUGCCGCAGCCAAGGAACAUCGCCAAGCUCCUGCUCUUCCGCGGCUGCAUCCCCUUCUUCUUCCCCACCUGGGCCUCCGGACUCGUCGUCUCGGACCAACGCGAUGUGGCAUAAUGAGAGGGGAGGGGACCUCGUCACGGGUGUAACUAUUAUCGGGUGCUGAUGUGGCAUGAGGGGGGUGUGUCUUGAGGGAAGGAAGGGAGCAUUGGCAUGGCGGGCUGUAGUUGUGGAGCAGGCCCUCAGAUUGGUUUUAGGAGGGCUGAAGCCUCAGGGUCGCCCUUGCGACAACCCAUAGUUUUCAGGGUCGGGGUUUGGAAGUGACACGUUUUUUCAGGCCCAAAAAAAUUCAAGGCUGACUGGUCAGGGCUUCAAUCUCGAGUACCCUGAUAUAUGUGUGCUUUGCACCUGUUUAGGCCAAAACUUGCAUGCAAUGAAGUACUGAUAUCAGGGGGAAUUAGCC